AUGCUGUAUAUUCUGACGCCAGCAUCUCUGUUGACAUUAACAUCGACGCUUCCCCUCGAGCUAUAUCCGCGUGCUGACCUGCCAACACCCACUCAAGCAGACGAAACAGACGCUAGCGGAAACCUUGUGUGUCCAACUGAAGUUUCUUGUCCACUGUGCCCGCCUGGACAGGAGUGUUACCAGCGUGCUCGGACACCGACGCUGUGUGCGCAGUAUGUCUGUGUCAACUCUAGUUCUAACCUGGGCUCCAAAGUCUCCAUUGGAGGUAUUGUCGGUGGUGUAGUUGGAGGAGUGGCUGUGGCUGCACUUGUGAGUUUCUUUUUGUACUACAAGUAUCUCUAUCUUCCGAAACGGAAGAGACAUGCAGACUUGGCUUUGGGCGACAUUGAUGCCGCCGAUGGCGAACACAAGUUUGAAGAUUCUCCGUCAGCAGCCGAAAGACCGCCUAUGACGAAAUCAGAUCUGUCGGUGCUGGUGCCGAAGAAUCAUCGGCUCCUGGCGUACGAUCUGUUCAUGCGGCCACAAGCGCGCUACGCCCUGCGCACUCAUUCGAGUGGCUCGGUACCGCGCCAGAAUGGCGCCAACUCGCAUGCCUCGGCAAGCGUACUGGGCGGUGCAAUCAGUGCGAACACUACUAACGCAGGGCACGAAUACGCCAACCUGGACUUGGCCAAGCGCGCAUCUAUAGCCACCACCAUUUCCACCACCAAUGCGCUGAAUAUCUUACCAGUAGCAUAUAUUCCUGGCGUGACCAUUCGCCCUCUGAAAAACAACACGCGGUCGAUCUACUCUUACGAGAGCGAUCUGAUUUUUUCCGACUUCAAUGCCAUUGACGGUGCCCUGAUUGUUGCUGACCGUAAUGGGCCGCCUGCGAAGGGCACUAUGACUGCCAUCAAAGCUCAACCCCGGUUGGUAAAUGUGGCACGCAUUGAAGAGGGAGACGAGAAUGAGAUGGCAGAUGAGGGCAAAACGUGGCCACACGAAGAGUCCGAGCCCGAUUCCGAUGUGGAUCUGGACAUUGGUGAGAUCCACCGGGCAACGUCGACGCGACACCCGCCGCCUGCGUCUGAGGAGUCCUAG